CACCGGGACCAUGGGAUGCUGCACUGGCCGCUGCACGCUCAUUUCUCUCUGCACUUUACAGCUGAUUGCUGCAUUAGAGAGACAAGUAUUUGAUUUCCUGGGAUAUCAAUGGGCUCCCAUCCUGGCCAAUUUCCUUCACAUUAUAAUUGUCAUCCUGGGCCUCUUUGGAACCAUUCAGUAUAGACCUCGAUAUAUCGUGGUGUACGCAGUGUGGACAGCCAUCUGGGUCACUUGGAACAUCUUCAUUAUCUGUUUUUACUUGGAGGUGGGAGGACUUUCGAAGGACAGUGAGCUUCUGACUUUUAAUAUCUCCCAACACCAGUCGUGGUGGAGUGAGAAUGGACCGGGCUGUGUCCGGAAGGAAGCCCCAGUGGCUGGGAUCACAGGCUUGGACAGCCAGUCCUACGUCUCUGUGAUUGGCUGUACACUGGAGUAUCGGUACAUUGAAGUCAUGCACAGCUCCUUCCAGAUCCUGCUGGCGCUGGUGGGCUUUGUGUAUGCCUGUUACGUGGUCAGUGUCUUCACAGAGGAAGAAGAUAGCUUUGAUUUCAUUGGUGGAUUUGAUCCAUUUCCUCUCUACCAUGUCAAUGAAAAGCCCUCCAACCUAUUGUUCAAGCAGACAUACCUGUAA